CUUCCUCAACUCAAACUUUCUUAAAUUUUCCUUUAGCUUUUCCUUUUAGGUGAUUCCAUCAUUAUGGAUUGUAAGAAAUUGCAAUCUGUGCAGAAAACUUCAUCAUCCGAGAUAAAGCCUCAAGCCAAUGAUAUCGUACAUGAACAACGAUCUGCCAAUUAUAAGCCAAACAUAUGGAACUAUGAUUACCUACAGUCUCUUUCUAGCAUAUACGACGGCCAAGAAUACGAAAGACGGGUACAGAAACUUAAAGAAGAUGUAAGGAUAAUAUUUGCGAAUGCAGUGGACUCUGAUGCAACGUUUGAGUUGAUCGACAGCGUAAACAAGUUAGGCCUAGCAAGCCACUAUGAUAUGGAAAUCAGAGAGGCUCUAGACACCAUUGCAUCCACUAAGAAGAAAAUUUCUAGUCCAGAAGAGGAUCUCUACACUACUGCACUAUGCUUUAGGCUUUUUAGGCAGCAUGGCUAUGAAGUUUCUCAAGAUAUGUUUAGAGGCUUCAUGGAUGAAAAAACCGGUUUGUUCAGAGAAAACACAAAUAUCAAAGAAAUGCUUGCGCUUUUGGAGGCUUCACACUUGGGUUUAGAAGGUGAAAACAUUCUGGAUGUGGCUAGAGAUUUCUCAACUGCAACUCUCAAAGAAAGCAUUUCCAGUUUAGAUAGUGACCUUGCCAAGCAAGUGGUUCAUGUUUUGGAACUUCCAUCACAAAGGAGAGUACAGUGGUUUGACGUCAAAUGGCACAUCAAUUCAUUUGAGAAAGACAAUCACAUGAACUCUAGCUUACUUGAACUCGCUAAACUUCAUUUUAACAUAGUUCAAGCCUUACUUCAAAAAGAUCUAAGGGAAUCAUCCAGGUGGUGGAGAAAUCUGGGGCUCAUAGAGAACUUGAGUUUUGCAAGAGACAGACUAGCCGAAAGUUUUAUGUGCUCAGUCGGCCUUGCUUUCGAGCCUGAGUACACAUGUCUUAGAAAAUGGCUUACGAAAGUCAUUAUUCUGAUACUAAUAAUUGAUGAUGUUUAUGAUGUUUAUGGCACAUUGGAAGAACUAAAGCAUUUCACAAAUGCCGUAAAUAGGUGGGAUGUUAGUGAAACUCAACAGCUUCCAGAGUGUAUGAAGACUUGCUUCCUAGCUCUCUACAAUACUACUAAUGAAAUUGCUAAUGAAAUUCAAAAAGAGAAGGGUGCUUGGAACCAAGUUUUACCUCAUCUUAAAAAAGGGUGGACAGAUUUUUGUAAUGCACUAUUUGUGGAAGCAAAGUGGUACAACAUGGGCUACAGUCCAUCCCUACAAGAAUAUCUAAGUAAUGGAUGGAUUUCAUCGACUGCCCCAUUACUUUUGGUCCACGAAUUCUUUUCCAUGGGACAUGAGGUAACAAACGGGAUGGAAGAUUUUCUGGAGAAAAACCAAGAAAUUGUGUAUAAUAUAUCUAUGAUAAUUCGACUCUGCAAUGAUUUGGGGACUUCAGUGGCUGAGAGAGAAAGAGGUGAUGUUCCCUCAUCAAUCCUAUGUUAUAUGAGAGAAGCUGAUGUUUCAGAAGAAAUUGCAAAGAAGCACAUCAAAGACAUGAUAAACAAGAGUUGGAAGAAAAUAAAUGGGCAAUGCUUCAACCAAUUGCCAAUGCUGCAAUCAUUUGUCAAUAUUGCAACAAAUAAUGCUCGUGUGGCACAUAGCCUUUACCAAUAUGGAGAUGGGUUUGGGGUUCAAGACCGAGACACUCGGAAAAAUAUCGUGUCUUUACUGGUCGAACCUCUCUCGUGCUCUACUGAAUUGAAAUUUUAAAUUAUGGAAAAUGGGUCAAUUUGUCAGCUAUGAAUCUAUGAUGUCAGAACUUAGAAUUUGCAAUAACUCACAGGAUGGUGACUUGAAUGGCUAGGUUAAGUGCAUGGCUUUGUCUCUACAAUAAUGCAAUGAACGAGUGCUUGGAUUGUUAUGUGUAAUUAAUAUUCGGUUUCAAAUUAAAUAAAGAAAA